GAGCCUUCUUUCUCGCCUCGAAACUACUUUUUGAAGGAAAAAAAGUUGUUCCUCCAUUAAAAUCAAAUACCAAAUUCCUCUCCCCUAUACAUAUAUAAACUCACAUCCAUGCAUCUCCCUUUGUUUACUCCGCUUCCAUCUUCUUCUUCUUCUUCUUCUUCUUCUUCUUCUUCUUUUUCUUCCUUUGUUUCACCAUUUUUUCUGAUUUUGGUUUCUCUUCUCACAGGGAUUUCGAAUUUGGUCUCUGUUUUCACUGUGAAUUGAAUCUCUUCAUUGAACUUUUGAACAGAGACUGACAUUUUUUGGUGUAUUUGCCAAUUUGGAGCUGUUUAGGCAUAAUUUUUCUGGGUCAUUUUUUAAGCAAUUCAAAUCAAAACACAACAUUCUGCUUAAUGUUGGAGAAAUGGAGAAUUCCCAAUUGGAAGAUAUGGCAAUUGUCCAAAUGACAUCAGAGGCAGAAGCAGCAACAGCAACACAAGCAAACAAACAUGAGUCCAUUUUAUCACUGACACUUGAUGAAAUCCAGUGCAAAAGUGGGAAAAAUUUUGGGGGUAUGAGUAUGGAUGAGUUUCUUGCUAAUAUAUGGAAUGUUGAAGAUCUUCAAACCCAAUUUCACUCACAAUCACAAGAAAAUGAACCUCAAAAUCACUCUUUUUUGGUUGCCAAUAAUUCAAGGCCAAACCUUUGUAGCCAGGGCUCUUUUUCCAUCCCAAUUCCACUUUGUGGAAAAACUGUGGAUGAAAUUUGGUCUGAGAUUCAUAAAGAUCAACAACACCCACAUCACCAAAAGUUCAUUAAUGUUCAACAAAAUCCUUGCCAAAGUCAGCAAGCUUUAGGGGAAAUGACUUUGGAAGAUUUCUUGGUGAAAGCUGGAGUGGUUCAAGAAGCAUCUUCUUCUGCUUCAAUGAAGCAACAGUUAUGUUCUGCGAAUAACAGAUCAAUGGUGGAUUUGGGGUUUGGGGUUGGGGAAAAAUUAGGGCUGUCUUUGUCUUAUCGACAGAAUAGUGAUGCUGCAAGAAUCAGAAAUAUGUCGGGGAAUUGCUUUUCAAAUUAUCAAAUGCUCAUCCAAUCAGUUGGGGAGCCAUCUGAUAACAGCUCAAUUCAGAAAUGUCAAAGCUUGAUGACUGAUUGGGUUGAGCCUAGUAACAAGAGAAGGAUAAUUGAUGGUCCUGCCGAAGUUGUAGUGCAGCGGAGACAGCGCAGGAUGAUCAAGAAUCGCGAGUCCGCUGCUCGAUCUCGGGCUAGAAAACAGGCAUACACAGUGGAGUUGGAAGUGGAACUGAAUCAGCUUAAAGAAGAGAAUAUAAAACUAAAGCAAAUAGUGGCUGAAUCUGAAAGGAAUAGAAAGCAAGAGAUUAUGCAGAGAAAACAACCUGAAAAGAGACAGAAACCAACAGAAAAGUUGAGGGCAAUGAGGAGGAUAGCAAGCAUGGCUUGGUAGAGGGGAAAAGGGUUUGCGUUUUGUUGUCACUUUGAGGAAAGUUUUAUAUGUAAAAGUUUUACACCAAGUAAUGGUUGUAUCAAAAACUAUAUAUUAUAAGUCUCUUACAUUACACAUGUUUUCUUUUUAGUCACAUAUAGUUGUAUAAUGGUAAUGAGCUUUCUUUAUAGUGUGGGAUUUUGCUUCUUUUCUCUU